AAUUCUUUGGAGUAAUACCAAGUGGAAAGAAACUUGUAACUGAAACAGUAAAGAAGAAUGAGAAAACAAAGUCUGAUGAAGAAACUUUAAAAGCAAAGAAAGGAAUAAAGGAAAUCAAGGUAAAUAGCUCCCGUAAAGAGGAUGACUUCAAACAGAAACAACCAAGCAAGAAAAAGAGGAUCAUCUAUGAUUCAGAUUCAGAGUCAGAGGAGACGUUGCAGGUAAAAAAUGCCAAAAAGCAACCAGAAAAACCGCCAGUAUCUUCUAAACCUGGUAAAAUUUCACGGCAGGAUCCUGUUACAUACAUUUCAGAAACAGAUGAAGAAGAUGACUUUAUGUGUAAGAAGGCGGCCUCUAAAUCAAAAGAGAAUGGAAGAUCUACAAAUAGUCAUCUUGGAACAUCAAACAUGAAAAAGAAUGAAGAAAACACUAAGACCAAGAAUAAGCCUUUAUCACCAAUAAAACUUACACCCACAUCAGUGCUUGAUUAUUUUGGAACUGGAAGUGUCCAAAGAUCUAAUAAGAAGAUGGUGGCAAGCAAAAGAAAAGAGCUUUCACAAAAUACAAAUGAGUCUGGAUUAAAUGAUGAAGCCAUCGCCAAGCAAUUACAGCUUGAUGAAGAUGCGGAGCUGGAGAGGCAGUUGCAUGAAGAUGAAGAGUUUGCCAGAACAUUAGCCAUGUUGGAUGAAGAACCCAAGACCAAAAAGGCUCGAAAGGACACAGAAGAGGGAGAAACGUUUUCAUCUGUCCAAGCCAAUUUAAGUAAAGCAGAAAAACGUAAAUAUCCUCAUAAAGUAAAAACAGAACAAUUUUCAGAUGAAAGAAAGAGCUACAGUCCUAGGAAGCAACUAAAUAUGAAAGUUCCAAAAGAACCUCAGCAACAUUCCAAGUCAUCAGCUGACAAAAUAGGAGAAGUCUCUUCUCCCAAGGCCAGUUCUAAGCUGGCAAUUAUGAAAAGAAAAGAAGAGAGCACUUAUAAAGAAAUAGAGCCGGUGGCCUCAAAAAGAAAAGAAAAUGCCGUUGAAUUGAAAGGAGAGACAAAAAACUCCAAGAAAACCAAAAGUUCUCCAGCUAAAAAAGAGUCUAUAAGUCCUGAAGAUUCUGAAAAGAAACGCACUAAUUAUCAAGCUUAUCGAAGCUACUUAAAUCGAGAAGGUCCCAAGGCUCUGGGCUCCAAAGAAAUACCAAAGGGAGCUGAAAAUUGCUUGGAAGGCCUUAUAUUUGUAAUCACAGGCGUGCUGGAGUCUAUUGAACGAGAUGAGGCCAAGUCUCUAAUUGAACGUUAUGGGGGAAAAGUGACAGGAAAUGUCAGCAAGAAAACAAAUUACCUUGUCAUGGGUCGUGAUAGUGGACAGUCCAAGAGUGAUAAGGCCGCAGCCUUGGGGACAAAAAUUAUUGAUGAAGAUGGCCUGUUGAAUCUGAUUCGAACUAUGCCAGGCAAGAAAUCCAAGUAUGAAAUAGCAGUUGAAACUGAGAUGAAGAAAGAGUCCAAACUGGAGAGAACACCCCAAAAAAAUGUUCAAGGCAAAAGAAAAAUUAGUCCAUCUAAAAAGGAAUCGGAAUCUAAAAAGAGCAAGCCGACUUCCAAAAGGGACAGUUUGGCAAAGACAAUAAAAAAGGAAACAGAUGUGUUUUGGAGAGGCCUGGAUUUCAAGGAGCAGGUGGCCGAGGAAACAAGUGGUGACAGCAAGGCUAGGAAUUUGGCUGAUGACAGCAGUGAAAACAAAGUGGAAAAUUUGCUCUGGGUGGAUAAAUAUAAGCCAACCUCGCUCAAGACCGUAAUUGGACAGCAAGGUGACCAGAGCUGUGCCAACAAACUCCUACGCUGGCUCCGAAACUGGCACAAGAGUUCUUCUGAAGAUAAAAAACACGCAGCAAAGUUUGGUAAAUUUUCCGGCAAAGAUGAUGGCUCUAGUUUUAAAGCAGCGUUGCUGUCAGGCCCUCCUGGUGUUGGCAAAACCACCACAGCUUCCCUGGUGUGUCAGGAAUUGGGAUACAGCUACGUGGAACUGAAUGCAAGUGACACCCGGAGUAAGAGCAGUUUGAAGGCGAUUGUUGCUGAGUCACUGAGCAAUACCAGCAUCAAAGGCUUUUAUUCAAAUGGAGCAGCCUCUUCAGUAAGCACGAAACAUGCUCUCAUCAUGGAUGAAGUAGAUGGCAUGGCAGGCAAUGAGGAUAGGGGAGGAAUUCAGGAAUUAAUUGGCCUGAUAAAACAUACUAAAAUUCCCAUUAUUUGUAUGUGCAAUGAUAGAAAUCAUCCCAAGAUUCGCUCUCUGGUUCAUUAUUGUUUUGAUCUUCGUUUUCAAAGACCUCGGGUUGAACAGAUUAAGGGUGCUAUGAUGUCUAUUGCAUUUAAAGAAGGUUUAAAGAUUCCCCCUCCAGCAAUGAAUGAAAUAAUUUUGGGAGCCAAUCAAGAUAUCAGACAGGUUUUACAUAAUCUGAGUAUGUGGUGUGCACGAAGUAAAGCAUUAACCUAUGACCAGGCCAAAGCUGAUUCUCACAGAGCCAAAAAGGAUAUCAAAAUGGGCCCAUUUGAUGUUGCCCGGAAGGUGUUUGCAGCUGGAGAGGAGACUGCUCACAUGUCACUUAUGGACAAGUCAGAUCUCUUUUUUCAUGAUUAUUCAAUAGCACCCCUCUUUGUCCAGGAAAAUUACAUACAUGUGAAGCCUGUAGCAGCAGGGGGCGACAUGAAAAAGCACUUGAUGCUUUUAAGCAGAGCAGCAGACAGCAUAUGUGAUGGUGACUUAGUGGACAGCCAGAUCCGGAGUAAGCAAAACUGGAGUCUUCUGCCUACGCAGGCCAUUUAUGCCAGUGUUCUUCCUGGAGAGUUGAUGAGAGGGUUCAUGACCCAGUUUCCCACCUUCCCGAGCUGGCUGGGGAAGCACUCGUCUACAGGCAAACACGAUCGUAUUGUUCAGGACCUGGCCUUGCAUAUGAGUCUCAGAACUUACUCCAGCAAAAGGACUGUAAACAUGGAUUAUCUGUCACAUCUAAGGGAUGCACUUGUACAGCCCUUGACCUCACAAGGAGUCGACGGGGUACAGGAUGUUGUUGCACUUAUGGACACAUAUUAUUUGAUGAAAGAAGACUUUGAGAAUAUCAUGGAAAUUAGCAGCUGGGGUGGCAAACCUAGUCCCUUUUCAAAGCUGGAUCCCAAGGUGAAAGCAGCCUUCACAAGAGCUUACAAUAAGGAAGCCCACCUUACUCCAUAUUCACUUCAAGCUAUAAAGGCAUCUAGACACAGCACAAGCCCAUCCCUGGAUUCGGAAUACAAUGAAGAGUUAAAUGAAGAUGACUCUCAAUCUGAUGAGAAAGACCAAGAUGCUAUAGAAACUGAUGCCAUGAUCAAGGUAGUAUUUUAA